AUGGGAGGAUCCGCGUCGACUCCACCGAAAGCACCACUAUCGGAACAGUCGAAGAAGAUUGCAGCAGAGGUAUAAGUGACCUGACUUGACGCCCAACUGAAACAGGAUUACAGGCAAAAGAGCACGCAGUGGUGCUCUAUACGAAAGACGGAUGCGGAUACUGCGUUAUGGCGAAAAACGCGCUAUACGAGGACGGAAUCCAUUAUACUGAAAGAGUGAGCUCUGAAUUGAACUUCACAAAACGCUUUCUUUUCUUCAGAAUUUGAACGCAAUUGCGAAAGUAAAUCCGGAUGCUCAAGAAUAUAUUCAGGGGCUCAUGGAUUUGACUUGUCAACGGACUGUUCCGCAGAUCUUCAUUUGUGGAAAGUGAGCGUGGCUUCCAAUGAAUCUUCUCAUUCUUCUUUCCAGAUUCGUCGGCGGCUACACAGAGUUAAAUGUACUCAGACCGAAUCUGGCCAAGAUUCUGGAGGCGUGCUCAGUCGACAACGGAGAGACUCUUCAUCGAGAAUUCCUUUCCAAAAUCUGA